AUGAAGGAGGAGCUGUGUGUAGCCAGGCCCGUUCGCUAUGGCGACUGGAGCCUCUGAGAAUCAGGUUAGUGGCUCUUCUGUCUGUUCCCCAUGACUCCAAUUCACUACUUAUAGGGAUUCUUCUGGAUUUGUGGCAAUAAAGCCCUUUAUCUACUUCCCCAGAGUCAUGCCUCUGCGUGCAGUUUGAAGGAAGUUGUUAAGUAGUGUCAAGCCAAUUGCUAACUACCUUUAGCACAAUGACUGGAAGUCAAUGGUAACUGCUAGCAUGCUAGUAGAUACCGUAGACUUCCAGUUAUUGCACUAACUCUAGUUAGCAUUUGGCUUUGGAAACGACCUCUAACUUCCUUCAUACUGGAUGCAGAGACAUAACGAUGGUAUCCACGAGUUCAUCUGAAGUAAAUAAAUGUCCCAAAGUAUCCCUUUAAUUUAUUAACCAUGCAUAGACGUGUUGAGCCUUCCUGCGCGUUUGAAAGGUACAGUAUGCAAAGUCUCAAUGCAAAGGCAAAAAAAUGAAAAAUGCUUAAGGCUGUUAACAGGUGUCAGUGUGCUUCAAAUUUCCUCCAAAUAAAGCACGAAUCCAUGCAGUAACAUGUUGAGGCUAAGUGUGUCUCACGUCCCCCCCCCCCCUCCGAUAGCUGGAGCGGCAGCCACAUGAAGUGGGGCCAGUCGUUCCGUGUACGCCACAUCACCACGGGCCGCUACCUCUGUCUGGACGAGGAGAAGGGCCUGAUGGUCCUCGACCCUGAGAGGGCCAAUACCAAACUGUCUGCUUUCAGCUUCCGCGUGUCAAAGGUCAGAUACCCUCAAUGUUACCCUGUUAUCAGUGUUCUGGUCGUGGCUCCAGUUGUUUUAGCGUUGUCUGUUACUGUAAACUCAGAACUAAUGGUCAUAACUAGGGAGUUUCCCUUGACCACGUGACCUGACCAGGCAAAACUCUGGGUCUUCAUUGGCCAGGUGACAGAUCAGAACUCAGGGACCUAGUCGUAGCCUAUAAUGCUCUCUCUCAUAUUUUCUUCUUCUUCUUCUUCUUCUUCUUCUUCUUCUCUUCCCAUACUGUUUCCCUUGAGCAGGAGAAGGUGGAACAGGCCCGUAAGCGAGACGUGGAGGGAAUGGGCAUCCCAGAGAUCAAGUAUGGAGAGUCCAUGUGUUUUGUCCAGCACGUCUCCACCAGCCUGUGGCUCACCUAUGCCUCCUUGGACGCUAAGGCUGCUCGCCUGGGGACCAUGAAGAGGAAGGUAGGGGCUGGGUUUAGCUUUAUUUAACAUAUAGAAAUAUAACCCUAACCCUGGGGAAAAGAAAGGUAGGGUUUAGGUGUAGGUUUAUUUAAAGGUAUAGUUUGAAAUUUUGUCAAGUAAGCCCUUUUUUCUACUAACCCAGAGUCAGGUGAAGUCAUGAAUACCAUUUUUAUGUCUCGUCGUGCCGUUUGAAGCAAGUUGCUAACUAGCGUUAGAGCAAAGACUAGAAGUCUACGGGAUUAGCUAGCAUUAGCGCAAUCAGCUAGCUGAUUCCAUAGACUUCCAGUCAUUAUGCUAGCUCUAGUUAGCAAUGUCUACAGAAACUACCUUCGACUUCCUUCAAAAUUCAUGCAGAGACAAAAAUGGUAUCUAUGAGUUCAUCUGACGCUGGGUAAAUGGCUUAAUUGACAAAAUCUUAAACUAUCCCUUUAACAUACAGAAAUAUCCCCUGGGGAAAAGGAAGGUUCAUUCAACAUGUACAUAUAUAGAAACAUAACCCUAACCCUGGGGCCCAUGAAGAGAAAGGUGCGGUCUGGUGCAGUUACCGUUGAAUGCUCCUGCAUAUGCAUACUUUAUUGCACUCAUUUGUUGCCUCUGUGAUAAUAAACCAGGCUUCCAGGCUUCCAGGCUUCCAGGCUUCCACACCAGCUGAUGUUGAAUGCUGGGCUAAACCUCCAUUUCCAGGCUUCCACACCAGCCAAUGUUGGAUGCUGGGCGUGUGUACAGUACUUGAUGGAGAACUGGUGCAUUGUCUUUCAGUGUUGGUUCUCAAUGCUGUCCCUUUCUCUUGUCCUCAGGCCAUUCUGCACCAGGAGGGCCACAUGGACGAUGCCCUGUCUGUGGCCCGGUCCCAGACGGAGGAGUCUCAGGCUGCUAGGAUGAUCUUCAGCACCACGGGGCUCUUCAGGCAGUUCAUCAAGUACGACCACCACACACACACACACACGCACGCACGCACGCACGCACACACACACGCAAGCACACACACACACUCACGCACGCACGCGCACACACACACACGCACGCACGCACGCACACACACACACACACGCAAGCACACGCAAGCACGCACACGCACACACGCACACACAUGCAAGCACACACACGCACGCACACACACACACGCACAAACGCACGCACACACGGACACACGCAAGCACACACACACACACACACACGCACGCACGCACGCACGCACGCGCACACACAAACGCACACACACACGCAAGCACACACACGCAAGCACACACGCACGCACACACACACACACACGCACAAACGCAUGCACACACACACACACACACACACGCACAAACGCACGCACAAACGCACGCACACACACACACACAAGCACACACACUGUUGUAUGCUCUUGUAUAGUUCUUUGGACGUUUCCACUGGAAGGUUUUUGUCAGGCCGACAAACAGUGUGCAUACAUUUCUAGUAUUUUCAUGAUAUUUUUGUACCCUGCAGGGAUAAUUGUUGGAUGUACUUUUGACCUUAUGUCUGUGUGUUGUUCUGUCCCAGGGGUCUGGACUCCCUGCAGGGGAAGAAUAAGUCUCCCGGCCCUGUGUCUCUACCCCUGGAUGGGGUAGUGCUCUCCCUGCAGGAUCUUAUCUUCUACUUCCGACCCCCCGAAGAAGAGCUGGAACACGAAGAGAAACAGACCAAGCUCCGCUCCCUCCGCAACCGACAGAACCUCUUCCAAGAGGAGGUCAGUAUCAAUAACCUUUUCAGAUUUAAAGUCGACAGAGUACCUUCAUCCUCUUAAAUGUCCUUGAGGUGUUUGGCUUCAACUCGACUGAAGCGCUGUCCAUUCACCUCCUGAAGAGUAGAUUCACCAUGGACUACGGUGUGUUUAUAUAUGUACUAUGGUGUGUUUAUAUAUGAAUGUGGUUGUGGAUCAAAAGUACUUGAAACCACUACACUCAGGACUGGUUGAUGUUAUGGAUCGUGAUCGCUGUGGGUAUAUGAACUAACCCUAUGACCACGUGGCUAUAUGAACUAACCCUAUGACCACGUGGCUAUAUGAACUAACCCUAUGACCACGUGGCUAUAUGAUCUAACCCUAUGACCACAUGGCUAUAUGAACUAAUCUUAUGACCACGUGGGUAUAUGUUCUAAGCCUAUGACCACGUGGGUAUAUGAACUAACCCUAUGACCACGUGGGUAUAUGAUCUAACCCUAUGACCACGUGGGUAUAGGAUCUAACCCUAUGUGUGUCGACCUCUCCAUCAGGGUAUGAUCACCAUCGUGCUAGAGUGUAUCGACCGUCUGAAUGUUUACAACACUGCUGCUCACUUCUCUGAGUUUGCUGGAGAGGAGGCCGCUGAGUCCUGGAAGGAGAUCGUCAACCUGCUUUAUGAGCUGCUGGGUAUGACUAAGAGUUUUCUUUCACAGAAAUGUGUCUUCUGCUUUAUCCCGCUGUUUAUCAGCUUAGAAUAGAUCAGAUUGGAACACGUUUGAGGAAAUUCAUUGUGGAGCAAAACAAUAUACAUACUAAAGCACAAAACAUUGAAUCACUCAUAUUUUAAGAAAGAUACCAAAAAAAUGCAUGAGGAGGUGGAGGCAUGCUGAAUACUGUUGAUGUUGAUGAUUCAACAUAUCUCUCCCUCCCUCUCAGCCUCUCUGAUCAGAGGAGGUGUAGGCAUUCUGAAUAAUGUUGAUGUUGAUGAUUCAACAUACACUAUAUGUCCGAAAGUAUGUGGACAACCCCUUCAAAUUAGUGGAUUCGGCUAUUGCAGCCACACCCGUUGCUGACAGGUGUAUAAAAUCGAGCACACAGCCAUGCAAUCUCCAUAGACAAACAUUGCCAGUAGACUGGUUUUACUGAAGAGCUUCAACGUGGCACCGUCAUAGGAUGGUACCUUUCCAACAAGUCAGUUUGUCAAAUUUCUACCCCGGCCAACUGUAAAUGCUGUUAUUGUGAAGUGUAAACAUCUAGGAGCAACAACGGCUCAGCUGCGUGGUGGUAGGCCACACAAACUCACAGAACGGGACGCCGAGUGCUGUAGCGCAUAGCGCGUAAAAAUCGUCUGUCUUCGGUUGCAACACUCACUACCAAGUUCCAAACUGCCAAACUGCCUCUGGAAGCAACAUCAGCACAAAAACUGUUAGUCGGGAGCUUCAUGAAAUGGGUUUCCAUGGCCGAGCAGCCGAGCAGCCGCACACAAGCCUAAGAUCACCAUGCGCAAUGCCAAGCGUCGGCUGGAGUGGUGUAAAGCUCGCCGCCAUUGGACUCUGGAGCAGUGGAAACUCUCUGGAGUGAUUAAUCACCCUUCAACAUCUGGCAGUCCGACGGACGAAUCUGGGUUUGGUGGAUGCCAGGAGAACGCUACCGUCCCGAAUUCAUAGUGCCAACUGUAAAGUUUGGUGGAGGAGGAAUAAUGGUCUGGGGCUGUUUUUCAUCGUUGGGGCUAGGCCCCUUAGUUCCAGUGAAGGGAAAUCUUAACUCUACAGCAUACAAUGACAUUCUAGACGAUUCUGUGCUUCCAACUUUGUGGCAACAGUUUGGGGAAGGCCCUUUCCUGUUUCAGCAUGACAAUGCCCCCGUACACAAAGCGAGGUCCAUACAGAAAUGGUUUGUCAAGAUUGGUGUGGAAGAACUUGACUGGCCCGCACAGAGCCCUGACCUCAACCCCAUCGAUCACCUUUGGGAUGAAUUGGAACGCCGACCGCGAGCCAGGCCUAAUCGCCCAACAUCAGUGCCCGACCUCACUAGUGCUCUUGUGGCUGAAUGGAAGCAAGUCCCUCCGCAGCAAUGUUCCAACAUCUAGCGGAAAGCCUUCCCAGAAGAGUGGAGGCUGUUAUAGCAGCAAAGGGGGGACCAACUCCAUAUUAAUGCCCAUGAUUUUGGAACGAGAUGUUGGACGAGCAGGUGUCCACAUACUUUUGGUCAUGCAGUGUAUAUCCAUCCAUCCAUAUCUAUCUACAUAUACAGAUGUCCACAUACUUUUGGUCACGUAGUGUAUCUCUCCCUCUCCUCCCUCCCAGCUUCUCUGAUCAGGGGGAACCGCUCUAACUGUGCGCUGUUCUGUGAUAACCUGGACUGGCUGGUCAGCAAACUGGACCGGCUGGAGGCCUCUUCAGGUACGUAAGAGUUCUGCUCAAUGCCACCCACCAUGGCUAGGUUGCAGGAGUUUUUUUCCUGGUUUAGGCUAUGUAGUUACUCAUUAGGGAAAAUCUCAGGGCGCUACCCAUUUCAUAUCUGAUUUGAACGUUUCUUUCAGCACAGGACUGCAUUCAUCAUCCAUUUUCUCUCCCUGUCUCCAGGUAUCUUGGAGGUGCUGCACUGUGUCCUGAUUGAGAGUCCAGAGGUUCUGAACAUCAUUCAAGAGAACCACAUCAAAUCCAUCAUCUCUCUGCUGGACAAACAUGGCAGAAACCACAAGGUCAGUGAUGUCUGCGGGGAUGUUUCGACGUUUGCACAUCUGUAGGGUCUGGAUAGGUGUAAGCAGUGUAGUGGUGGAACUUCCAUCAUAUAGCUGCCACCUUUAAAUAUCUGCAAACAUCUAAUGGUCAAGGUGCCAAGGGGAAAGGGGUAGGGAGUGAAUCGGGACCAGCUGAGUUACUUUCCAGUUUGAAACCCACACUUCCUUGACUUUCAUCACAUUUCCCUGGCUCUGUCUAUCUUUCCCGUAGGUGUUGGACGUCCUCCGGUCCCUUUGUGUGUGUAACGGUGUCGCUGUAAGGUCCAAUCAGAACCUCAUCACAGAGAAUCUAUUUCCAGGUCGCGACCUCCUGCUGCAGACUAACAUCGUCAACUACGUAACCAGGUAAUAUAUAAUAUAUACUGUAUAUACAGUGCCUUCAGAAAGCAUUCAUACCCCUUGACUUAUUCCACAUUUCGUUGUUCAAAAUUGAUCCAUCUACACACAAUACCCCACAAUGACAAGGUGAAAACAUGUUUUUAGUAGUUUUUUUUGCAGUUUUACUGGAAAUGAUUCACACCCCUGAGUCAAUAGAUGUUAGAAUCACCUUUGGCAGCGAUUACAGCUGUGAGUCUUUCUGGGUAAGUCUCUAAGACCUUUGCACACCUGGAUUGUACAAUAUUUGCACAUUAUUCUUCAAACUCUGUCAAGAUGGUUGUUGAUCAUUACUAGACAGACAUUUUCAGGUCUUGCCAUAGAUUUUCAAGCCGAUGUAAGUAAAAACUGUAACUCGGCCACUCAGGAAUAUUCAAUGCCAUCUUAGUAAGCAACUCCAGUGUAGAUUUGGCCUUGUGUUUUAGGUUAUUGUCCUGCUGAAAGGACAAUUUGUCUCCCAGUGUCUGUUGGAAAGCAGACUGAACCAGGUUUUCCUCUAGGAUUUUGCCUGUGCUUAGCUCUAUUCUAUUUAUUUUUAUUUGUUUUAACUCCUGUAGUCCGAUGACAAGCAUACCCAUAACAUGACGCAGCCAGCACCAUGCUUGACAGUAUGAAGAGUGGUACUCAGUGAUGUGUUGGAUUUGGCCCAAACAUAAAGGAAAUUCCUUUGCCCAUUUUUUGGCAGUUUUACUUUAGUGCCUUAUUGCAAACAGGAUGCAUGUUUUGGAAUAUGUUUAUUCUGUACAGGCUUCCUUCUUUUCACUCUGUCGUUUAGGUUAGUAUUGUGGAGUAACUACAAUGUUGUUGAUCCCUCCUUAGUUUUCUUCUAUCACAGCCAUUAAACUCUGAAACUGUUUUAAAGUCACCAUUGGCCUCAGGGUGAAAUCCCUGAGCAGUUUCCUUCCUCUCUGGCAACUGAGUUAGCAAAGAUGCCUGUAUAUUUGUAGUGACUGGGUGUAUUGAUACACCAUCCAAAGUGUAAUUAAUAACUUCACCAUGCUCAAAGGGAUAUUCCAUGUCUGUUUAAAUUUUUUUUUUUACCAAUCUACCAAUAGGUGCCCUUCUUUGCGAGCCAUUGGAAAACCUCCCUGGUCUUUGUGGUUUAAUCUGGGUUUGAAAUUCACUGCUCGACUGAGGGACCUCACAGAUAAUUGUAUGUGUGGGGUACAGAUAUGAGGUAGUCAUUCAAAAAUCAUGUUAAACACUAUUAUUGCACACAGAGUCCAUGCAACUUAUUAUGUGACUUGUUAACGUCUACGGGAUCGGUGUCCCGUAUACGGGACGUUCGAGCUAACGUGCGCUAAUCUGAUUAGCAUGACUGUUGUAAGUAACAGCAAACUUGCCAGUCUUAUAUAGGUAAAUGUUGUGAAAUUGUUAGAUAUGACUUGCUAGAAGCACAAGCAUUUCGCUACACCCGCUAUAACAUCUGCUAAACAUGUGUAUGUGACAAAUAAAAUUGGAUUUGAUUUGAUAUGGGCAGAAAGCUUAAAUUCUUGUUAAUCUAACUGCACUGUCCAAUUUACAGUAGCUAUUACAGUGAAAAAAUACCAUGCAAUUGUUUGAGGAGAGUGCACAACAACAAAAAACUUAUCACGGCAACUGGUUUGAUACAUUCACCUCUGAAGGUAAAUAAUGUACUUACAUUCAGUAAUCUUGCUCUGAUUUGUCAUCCUAAGGGUCCCAGAGAUAAAAUGUAGCAUAGUUUUGUUUGAUAAAAUCCAUUUUUAUAUUCAAAUGUAGGAACUGGUUUCUACAUUUUGAACCCCUGCUGUCUCUGGCUCCACACCCACCCCGCCCGGCCAUCUAGAUGUGUGAAAGUUAGUGUAUAAGCUAAUGAUCAAAUCAAAUCAAAUCAAAUUUUAUUGGCCACAUGCGCCGAAUACAACAGGUGCAGACAUUACAGUGAAAUGCUUACUUACAGCCCUUAACCAACAGUGCAUUUCUUUUUAACAAAAAAAGUAAAAAUAAAACAACAACAAAAAAAGUGUUGAGAAAAAAAGAGCAGAAGUAAAAUAAAAUAACAGUAGGGAGGCUAUAUAUACAGGGGGGUACCGGUGCAGAGUCAAUGUGCGGGGGCACCGGCUAGUUGAGGUAGUUGAAGUAAUAUGUACAUGUGGGUAGAGUUAAAGUGACUAUGCAUAAAUAAUUAACAGAGUAGCAGUAGCGUAAAAGGAUGGGGUGGGGGGGCAGUACAAAUAGUCCGGGUAGCCAUGAUUAGCUGUUCAGGAGUCGUAUGGCUUGGGGAUAGAAGCUGUUGAGAAGUCUUUUGGACCUAGACUUGGCACUCCGGUACCGCUUGCCGUGCGGUAGCAGAGAGAACAGUCUAUGACUAGGGUGGCUGGAGUCUUUGACAAUUUUGAGGGCCUUCCUCUGACACCGCCUGGUAUAGAGGUCCUGGAUGGCAGGAAGCUUGGCCCCAGUGAUGUACUGGGCCGUACGCACUACCCUCUGUAGUGCCUUGCGGUCGGAGGCCAAGUAGUUGCCAUACCAGGUGGUGAUGCAACCUGUCAGGAUGCUCUCGAUGGUGCAGCUGUAGAAUUCUUUGAGGAUCUGAGGACCCAUGCCAAAUCUUUUCAGUCUCCUGAGGGGGAAUAGGCUUUGUCGUGCCCUCUUCACGACUGUCUUGGUGUGUUUGGACCAUGAUAGUUCGUUGGUGAUGUGGACACCAAGGAACUUGAAGCUCUCAACCUGUUCCACUACAGCCCCGUCGAUGAGAAUGGGGGCGUGCUCAGUCCUCUUUUUUUUCCUGUAGUCCACAAUCAUCUCCUUUGUCUUGGUCACGUUGAUGGAGAGGUUGUUGUCCUGGCACCACAUGGCCAGGUCUCUGACCUCCUCCCUAUAGGCUGUCUCAUCGUUGUCGGUGAUCAAGCCUACCACUGUUGUGUCGUCGGCAAACUUAAUGAUGGUGUUGGAGUCGUGCCUGGCCAUGCAGUCAUGGGUGAACAGGGAGUACAGGAGGGGACUGAGCACGCACCCCUGAGGGGCCCCCGUGUUGAGGAUCAGUGUGGCAGAUGUGUUGUUACCUACCCUUACCACCUGGGGGCGGUCCGUCAGGAAGUCCAGGAUCCAGUUGCAGAGGGAGGUGUUUAGUCCCAGGAUCCUUAGCUUAGUGAUGAGCUUAGAGGGCACUAUGGUGUUGAAUGCUGAGCUGUAGUCAAUGAAUAGCAUUCUCACGUAGGUGUUCCUCUUGUCCAGGUGGGAAAGGGCAGUGUGGAGUGCAAUAGAGAUUGCAUCAUCUGUGGCUCUGUUGGGGCGGUAUGCAAAUUGGAGUGGGUCUAGGGUUUCUGGGAUAAUGCUGUUGAUGUGAGCCAUGACCAGCCUUUCAAAGCACUUCAUGGCUACAGACGUCAGUGCUACGGGUCGGUAGUCAUUUAGGGAGGUUAUCUUAGAGUCCUUGGGCACGGGGACUAUGGUGGUCUGCUUGAAACAUGUUGGUAUUACAGACUCAGUCAGGGACAUGUUGAAAAUGUCAGUGAAGACACUUGCCAGUUGGUCAGCACAUGCUCGGAGUACACGUCCUGGUAAUCCGUCUGGCCCUGCGGCCUUGUGAAUGUUGACCUGCUUAAAAGUCUUACUCACAUCGGCUACGGAGAUCGUGAUCACAUAGUCAUCCGGAACAGCUGGUGCUCUCAUGCAUGCUUCAGUGUUGCUUGCCUCGAAGCGAGCAUAGAAGUGGUUUAGCUCGUCUGGUAGGCUUGUGUCACUGGGCAGCUCGCGGCACAAUCCUGAGAGUGUGUAAACUUACAUUUUGUAUUACCAUAUCAUUUUUGUAUGUUCUCUAUAGUUAUGUACUUGAAAAUGUAUCAAUUGACCAAUUCGGCACAUUUGGGCAGACUUGAUACAAAAUAGUCCAGUAUUGCAAUGCUUCACUGGAUCAAUCUGAAACUUUGCACACACACUGCUGCCAUCUAGUGGCAUUUGUUGUUGUUGCCUAAACUGCAAUAUUAUAUUGUGGCCUUUCUCUUGCAUUUCGAAGAUGAUAAAAUUUUUGUUUAUAGAGAACGCAUGUUUUUUUGUUUGUAUUAUCUUUUACCAGAUCUAAUCUGUUAUAUUCUCCUACAUUAAUUUCAAAUUUCCUUUCAAAGUGUUUCCUUUCAAAUGGUAUCAAGAAUAUGCAUAUCCUUGCUUCAGGUCCUGACCUACAGGCAGUUAGAUUUGGGUAUGUCAUUUUAGGCGAAAAUUGGAAAAAAGGGUCAGAUCCUUAAGAGGUUAAUUAAGCACAUUUUUACUCCUGAACUUAUAUAGGCUUGCCAUAACAAAGGGGUUGAAUGCUUAUUGACCCAAUACAUUUGUGACCCACCACCUGGAUUCGGUCCUAUCUAGCAAAAUGUGAAUAACAUUUUUUUUACAUUAGAUAAAAGUAGAGACUCAGAGCUAGAAAUUGGUAUAUCAUACACUGCAGUUGAGGAACAAUGGGAAAGUAAUUCUGCUUUGAAAGUUGAUAAACGUGUAAGCCCACUUUUGAGAAAAUGGCCCUUGAAUGUUUUGGUAUCUACUGGAGAGCUCUUCUUUGUCUACACCCAUUCAACAUUGUUCACACCCUCUUAAGCCUUAGCCCCACCCAUCUCUUUAAGGAUUCACAUGUGAGGCCAUGUGCUAAACAGAGUGACUAGUGUAGUAAACAACCAAAGAUUUCAAGACUAAAAGUAGUAUAUUCUAUUCUGUUCCUGUUCUAUCCCAUUCUAUUCUAUUCUGUUCCUGUUCUAUCCCAUUCUAUUCUAUUCUGUUCCUGUUCUAUCCCAUUCUAUUCUAUUAUGUUCCUGUUCUAUCCCAUUCUAUUCUAUUCUGUUCCUGUUCUAUCCCAUUCUAUUCUAUUCUGUUCCUGUUUUAUCCCAUUAUAUUAUAUUAUGUUCCUGUUCUAUCCCAUUCUAUUCUAUUCUGUUCCUGUUUUAUCCCAUUCUAUUCUAUUCUGUUCCUGUUCUAUUCCAUUAUAUUCUAUUCUGUUCCUGUUUUAUCCCAUUAUAUUAUAUUCUGUUCCUGUUCUAUCCCAUUCUAUUCUAUUCUGUUCCUGUUCUAUCCCAUUCUAUUCUAUUCUGUUCCUGUUUUAUCCCAUUAUAUUCUAUUCUGUUCCUGUUUUAUCCCAUUCUAUUCUAUUCUGUUCCUGUUCUAUUCCAUUAUAUUCUAUUCUGUUCCUGUUCUAUUCCAUUAUAUUCUAUUCUGUUCCUGUUCUAUUCCAUUAUAUUCUAUUCUGUUCCUGUUCUAUUCCAUUAUAUUCUAUUCUGUUCCUGUUUUAUCCCAUUCUAUUCUAUUCUGUUCCUGUUCUAUCCCAUUCUAUUCUAUUCUGUUCCUGUUCUAUCCCAUUCUAUUAUAUUCUGUUCCUGUUCUAUUCCAUUAUAUUCUAUUCUGUUCCUGUUCUAUUCCAUUAUAUUCUAUUCUGUUCCUGUUUUAUCCCAUUCUAUUCUAUUCUGUUCCUGUUCUAUCCCAUUAUAUUAUAUUCUGUUCCUGUUCUAUCCCAUUCUAUUCUAUUGUGUUCCUGUUCUAUUCCAUUAUAUUCUAUUCUGUUCCUGUUCUAUCCCAUUCUAUUCUAUUAUGUUCCUGUUCUAUUCCAUUAUAUUCUAUUCUGUUCCUGUUCUAUCCCAUUCUAUUCUAUUCUGUUCCUGUUCUAUCCCAUUCUAUUCUAUUCUGUUCCUGUUCUAUCCCAUUAUAUUCUAUUCUGUUCCUGUUCUAUCCAAUUCUAUUCUAUUCUGUUCCUGUUUUAUCCCAUUCUAUUCUAUUCUGUUCCUGUUAUAUCCCAUUCUAUUCUGUUCCUGUUCUAUCCCAUUCUAUUCUAUUCUGUUCCUGUUCUAUUCCAUUAUAUUAUAUUCUGUUCCUGUUCUAUUCCAUUAUAUUCUAUUCUUGUUCUAUUCCAUUAUAUUAUAUUCUGUUCCUGUUCUAUCCCAUUCUAUUCUGUUCCUGUUUUAUCCCAUUCUAUUCUAUUCUGUUCCUGUUCUAUCCAAUUCUAUUCUAUUCUGUUCCUGUUUUAUCCCAUUCUAUUCUAUUCUGUUCCUGUUAUAUCCCAUUCUAUUCUGUUCCUGUUCUAUCCCAUUCUAUUCUAUUCUGUUCCUGUUCUAUUCCAUUAUAUUAUAUUCUGUUCCUGUUCUAUUCCAUUAUAUUCUAUUCUUGUUCUAUUCCAUUAUAUUCUAUUCUGUUCCUGUUCUAUUCCAUUAUAUUCUAUUCUGUUCCUGUUUUAUCCCAUUCUAUUAUAUUCUGUUCCUGUUCUAUCCCAUUCUAUUCUAUUCUGUUCCUGUUCUAUCCCAUUCUAUUCUAUUCUGUUCCUGUUCUAUCCCAUUCUAUUCUAUUCUGUUCCUGUUCUAUCCCAUUCUAUUCUAUUCUGUUCCUGUUCUAUCCCAUUCUAUUCUAUUCUGUUCCUGUUCUAUCCCAUUAUAUUCUGUUCCUGUUCUAUCCCAUUCUAUUCUAUUCUGUUCCUGUUUUAUCCCAUUCUAUUCUAUUCUGUUCCUGUUUUAUCCCAUUCUAUUCUAUUCUGUUCCUGUUCUAUCCCAUUCUAUUAUAUUAUGUUCCUGUUCUAUCCCAUUCUAUUCUAUUCUGUUCCUGUUUUAUCCCAUUCUAUUCUAUUAUGUUCCUGUUCUAUCCCAUUCUAUUCUAUUCUGUUCCUGUUCUAUCCCAUUCUAUUCUAUUCUGUUCCUGUUCUAUCCCAUUCUAUUCUAUUCUGUUCCUGUUCUAUCCCAUUCUAUUCUAUUCUGUUCCUGUUCUAUCCCAUUCUAUUCUAUUCUGUUCUUGUUCUAUUCCAUUCUAUUCUAUUCUGUUCCUGUUUUAUCCCAUUCUAUUCUAUUCUGUUCCUGUUUUAUCCCAUUCUAUUCUAUUCUGUUCCUGUUUUAUCCCAUUCUAUUCUAUUCUGUUCCUGUUUUUCCCAUUCUAUUCUAUUCUGUUCCUGUUUUAUCCCAUUCUAUUCUAUUCUGUUCCUGUUCUAUCCCAUUCUAUUCUAUUCUGUUCCUGUUAUAUCCCAUUCUAUUCUAUUCUGUUCCUGUUCUAUCCCAUUCUAUUCUAUUCUGUUCCUGUUCUAUCCCAUUCUAUUCUAUUCUGUUCCUGUUCUAUCCCAUUAUAUUAUAUUCUGUUCCUGUUCUAUCCCAUUCUAUUCUGUUCCUGUUCUAUCCCAUUCUAUUCUAUUCUGUUCCUGUUAUAUCCCAUUCUAUUCUAUUCUGUUCCUGUUUUAUCCCAUUAUAUUAUAUUAUGUUCCUGUUUUAUCCCAUUCUAUUCUAUUGUGUUCCUGUUUUAUCCCAUUAUAUUAUAUUCUGUUCCUGUUCUAUCCCAUUAUAUUCUAUUCUGUUCCUGUUCUAUCCCAUUAUAUUCUAUUCUAUCCCAUUGUGGUCUAAGAGUUGCACAAUAUUUGUUUCUAUCUGUAGUGUGAGGCCCAACAUCUUCCUGGGAACCUGUGAAGGCUCUACUCAGUAUAAGAAGUGGUACUUUGAGAUGAUGGUAGACUACGUUGAGCCCUUCGUGACAGCCACACCCUCUCACCUGCGUGUGGGCUGGGCCCUGACAGAGGGGUACUCACCCUAUCCCGGGGGUGGAGAGGGCUGGGGGGGCAACGGGGUGGGGGAUGACCUCUACUCAUACGGCUUCGAUGGACUGCACCUGUGGUCAGGUACGCUUUACUUCCUAUUGUUAUCAUGUCAAUGUUUUGCCUCGGGUUUAUAAUGUAAACGAUAUUUAGUCUACCUCACGUAUAGCGUAAGACCAGGCUUCCAUUCAGUCACUUGCAACACAUAUUGAAAUGCGUUAGUAGCAUUUUCAUGGCAAAUAUGUAUGGCUUGACAAAGAUAGAAGAGUUGACUGCAGCACGUACAGUAUGGAACCAGACCGCAGCACGUACAGUAUGGAACCAGACCACAGCACGUACAGUAUGGAACCAGACCACAGCACGUACAGUAUGGAACCAGACCACAGCACGUACAGUAUGGAACCAGACCACAGCACAUACAGUAUGGAACCAGACCACAGCACGUACAGUAUGGAACCAGACCACAGCACGUACAGUAUGGAACCAGACCACAGCACAUACAGUAUGGAACCAGACCACAGCACGUACAGUAUGGAACCAGACCGCAGCACGUACAGUAUGGAACCAGACCGCAGCACAUUCAGUAUGGAACCAGACCACAGCACGUACAGUAUGGAACCAGACCACAGCACGUACAGUAUGGAACCAGACCACAGCACGUACAGUAUGGAACCAGACCGCAGCACAUACAGUAUGGACCAGACCACAGCACAUACAGUAUGGAACCAGACCACAGCACGUACAGUAUGGAACCAGACCACAGCACGUACAGUAUGGAACCAGACCACAGUACGUACAGUAUGGAACCAGACCACAGCACGUACAGUAUGGAACCAGACCGCAGCACAUACAGUAUGGACCAGACCACAGCACAUACAGUAUGGAACCAGACCACAGCACAUACAGUAUGGAACCAGACCACAGCACGUACAGUAUGGAACCAGACCACAGCACGUACAGUAUGGAACCAGACCACAGCACAUACAGUAUGGAACCAGACCACAGCACGUACAGUAUGGAACCAGACCACAGCACGUACAGUAUGGAACCAGACCACAGCACAUACAGUAUGGAACCAGACCACAGCACGUACAGUAUGGAACCAGACCGCAGCACGUACAGUAUGGAACCAGACCGCAGCACAUUCAGUAUGGAACCAGACCACAGCACGUACAGUAUGGAACCAGACCACAGCACGUACAGUAUGGAACCAGACCACAGCACGUACAGUAUGGAACCAGACCGCAGCACAUACAGUAUGGACCAGACCACAGCACAUACAGUAUGGAACCAGACCACAGCACGUACAGUAUGGAACCAGACCACAGCACGUACAGUAUGGAACCAGACCACAGUACGUACAGUAUGGAACCAGACCACAGCACGUACAGUAUGGAACCAGACCGCAGCACAUACAGUAUGGACCAGACCACAGCACAUACAGUAUGGAACCAGACCACAGCACAUACAGUAUGGAACCAGACCGCAGCACGUACAGUAUGGAACCAGACCGCAGCACAUUCAGUAUGGAACCAGACCGCAGCACAUACAGUAUGGAACCAGACCGCAGCACAUUCAGUAUGGAACCAGACCGCAGCACGUACAGUAUGGAGCCAGACCACAGCACGUACAGUAUGGAACCAGACCACAGCACGUACAGUAUGGAACCAGACCACAGCACAUACAGUAUGGAACCAGACCACAGCACAUACAGUAUGGAACCAGACCGCAGCACAUACAGUAUGGACCCACAUACAGUAUGGAACCAACUGCAGCACAUACAGUAUGGAACCAGACUGCAGCACAUACAGUAUGGAACCAGACCACAGCACAUACAGUAUGGAACCAGACUGCAGCACAUACAGUAUGGAACCAGACCACAGCACAUACAGUAUGGAACCAGACCACAGCCCAUACAGUAUGGAACCAGACCGCAGCACAUACAGUAUGGAACCAGACCACAGCACAUACAGUAUGGAACCAGACCACAGCACAUACAGUAUGGCACCAUACCACAGCACAUACAGUAUGGAACCAGACCACAGCACAUACAGUAUGGAACCAGACCGCAGCACAUACAGUAUGGAACCAGACCACAGCACAUACAGUAUGGAACCAGACCACAGCACAUACAGUAUGGAACCAGACCACAGCACAUACAGUGUGGAACCAGACCGCAGCACAUACAGUAUGGAACCAGACCGCAGCACAUACAGUAUGGAACCAGACCACAGCACGUACAGUAUGGAACCAGACCGCAGCACAUACAGUAUGGACCAGACCACAGCACAUACAGUAUGGAACCAGACCACAGCACGUACAGUAUGGAACCAGACCACAGCACGUACAGUAUGGAACCAGACCACAGCACGUACAGUAUGGAACCAGACCACAGCAUGUACAGUAUGGAACCAGACCGCAGCACAUACAGUAUGGAACCAGACCACAGCACAUACAGUAUGGAACCAGACCGCAGCACAUACAGUAUGGAACCAGACCACAGCACAUACAGUAUGGAACCAGACCGCAGCACAUACAGUAUGGAACCAGACCGCAGCACAUACAGUAUGGAACCAGACCACAGCACGUACAGUAUGGAACCAGACCGCAGCACAUACAGUAUGGACCAGACCACAGCACAUACAGUAUGGAACCAGACCACAGCACGUACAGUAUGGAACCAGACCACAGCACGUACAGUAUGGAACCAGACCACAGCACGUACAGUAUGGAACCAGACCACAGCAUGUACAGUAUGGAACCAGACCACAGCACGUACAGUAUGGAACCAGACCACAGCACGUACAGUAUGGAACCAGACCGCAGCACAUACAGUAUGGAACCAGACCACAGCACAUAUAGUAUGGAACCAGACUAGUAUUUCAGUUGUCCCCUGACUCCUCCCCUCUCCCCUCCAGGUCACGUCCCCCGCCAGGUGGCGUCGCCCAAUCAGCAUGCCCUGGCAGCUGAUGAUGUCGUGUCGUGCUGUCUGGAUCUGAGCGUGCCCAGUAUCUCGUUCCGUGUCAACGGCCACCCGGUCCAGGGCAUGUUCGAGAACUUCAACGUAGAUGGACUGUUCUUCCCCGUCAUCAGCUUCUCUGCUGGAGUCAAGUAAGAUGGAAUAAUAUAUAUUAUAAUAUAAUAUAUAACAAUAUGGGGGAUAGACUUGAUUGAUUAAUUGAUUGAUAUUUUGCCUACCUAAGGUGAAUGUGCUCGUGGUAAAUAGCUCUGGAUGAGGUGUAAUGUUGACCAGACAGCCAGACAGACAGUUAAUGAUGAGAGUAAAGGGGAGAUGGCCGGGGACCAGGGACUCAGCAGCACCAGGGCUCAAUGCGCUUCUGAUCCUGAGACUUACAGAAAGAGUCUGGUCAGGUCUCGUGUUCAUGCAAAACUCCUGGCCCUAUAAAUGAUCCCACCGUAUAUCCUGUCUCCUGACCCUUAAGAUGACCCCACUGUAUUUCCUGGCCCUUAAAAUCACCCCACUGUAUUUCCUGGCCCUUAAAAUGACCCCACUGUAUUUCCUGGCCCUUAAAAUCACCCCACUGUAUUUCCUGGCCCUUAAAAUGACCCCACUGUUUUUCUUGGCCCUUAAAAUGACCCCACUGUAUUUCCUGUCUCCUGGCCCUUAUAAUGACCCCACUGUUUUACCUGUCUCCUGGCCCUUAAAAUGACCCCACUGUUUUACCUGUCUCCUGGCCCUUAAAAUGACCCUACUGUUUUUCCUGGCCCUUAAAAUAACCCCACUGUAUUUCCUGUCUCCUGGCCCUUAAAAAUGACCCCACUGUUUUACCUGUCUCCUGGCCCUUAAAAUGAUCCCACUGUAUUUCCUGUCUCCUGGCCCUUAAAAUGACCCCACUGUUUUUCCUCGCCCUUAAAAUGACCCCACUGUAUUUCCUGUCUCCUCAGAGCUCGUUUACUGUUGGGUGGUCGCCAUGGAGACUUUAAGUUCCUGCCCCCCCCGGGCUAUGCCCCGUGCUACGAGGCUCUGCUACCCAAGGAAAGGAUGAGGAUCGAACCCAUCAAGGAGUACAAACACGACUUUGACGGAGUCCGAAACUUGCUGGGGCCAACCCAGUCCCUCACACACACCUCCUUUACCCCCAAUCCCGUAGACACUGUUCAGGUAAGACACACACCCUGUCCCUAGCCCGAACCCUGUUCAGGUACCAAAUAAGGCUGUCCAUUUACUCCUCUUCCCUUUGAUCUGCGGACCUCUGACCUUUAACCUUUACCCUGUGUGUGCUCCAGAUCGUGUUGCCGCCCCACCUGGAGAAGAUCAGGGAGAAGCUGGCAGAGAACAUCCAUGAGCUGUGGGCCAUCACCCGCAUCGAGCAGGGCUGGACUUAUGGAAUAGUGAGUCUGCUACCCUUAACGGACAGAAAAUACUGCUACAGCAACGCUUGGAUAGUGGCACUGAUCACCGGGCAGACAUGGAAAAAGGCACCCUAUGGGCCCUGGGGCCCUGGUCAUGUAAUAACCCUGUCUGUCUGUUUCCUCCCUCCUCCAGUUCAGAGACGACAACAAGAAGCUGCAUCCCUGUCUGGUAGACUUCCAGACCCUUCCGGAACCUGAGAGGAACUACAACCUGCAGAUGUCUGGUGAAACACUCAAGUAA